AUGGAGCCAAUCCAGUGGCUGUGUGAGCAGCAUCCAUUACUGACGUACCAAUGUUUUUCCGUUCCCUUUGCUUUUCUAUUCUACGUCUUGGCUAAACAGGGAUGUCUCUCUUUGACAUACAGGUACCUUUUCUUGGCAUCCGGAGGCUGUAUCCUAGCUGUUGUCACCAUGGGUGUAUACAGCUUGCUUCUGCUCGUCUCCACUGUGAUCUUUGUGCUGCUGGUGUGUUCACUGAGCCCAGACCGUGUCCAUCCAUGGGUCUUUGGAUUGCAGAUGGGUUGGCAAACCUUCUGGCACCUGCUCAUACAGUACAGAGAAUACUACCUCAAUGAGCCCACUGAUUCCAGGCUUCUCCUAUCAGUGUCCUCCUUGAUGCUACUCACCCAGAGAGUCACCUCCGUGUCAAUGGACCUACAGGAGGGUGGCAGAGUGACAUUAAUGACCCAAUCACAGGCCAAAUGCCGGGUCUUUCUCCCACUCAUCAGCUAUGCCCUACACUUCACUGCCUUGCUCGGCGGACCCCUGUCCUCAUUUGACCAAUUUGUCUAUUUUGUAGAGCAGAUAACCAUCAGCCCUCCUCCCCAGCCUUUGUCUGUUGUCUCCUACAAGGUCUUUCAGGUGUUAUCUCUGGAGUGGGCUAGGAACUAUCUCACUCAUCUCCUCAGAGACAAUGCCUCCAGUUUGUCCGUCUCCAACAACGUCCUCACCGAUGUCUUGUGGGUAUGGGGCCUUGCUGUGGUGUUGAGGAUCAGAUACUACUCCCACUGGAGGAUCAGUGAGUGUCUGAAUAAUGCUGCUGGGCUUGGGUUCAGGGGGAUGGUCAGGGAGGACGGCCCAAACUGGAGCGGCCUUUCUGACGGAGAUCUUUGGACCACAGAGAUGUCCUGCCAGGUGUCCGAAUUUGCCCGUCGGUGGAAUGGUACGACAGCUACAUGGCUACGUAGGCUGGUUUUCCAAAGAUGCAAAACUGCUCCGCUGGUAAUGACGUUUGGGUUUUCAAUCUGGUGGCAUGGCUUACAUAUGGGUCAGUUUGUAGGGUUUCUUGUCUGGGCUGCAGCUGUGAGAGCAGACUACCAGAUACACAAGUACUUGAAGCCAAAGCUCACAUCUACUAGGAGGAGAUUGGUGCACACCUGUCUGGGUUGGUUAAAUACUCAGAUGGUCAUGGCGUGUGUUGUUAUUGCAAUCGAGCUUCGAAGUACUUCCUCUUUGAGAAUAUUGGGUCUGACAUACACUGGUGUUUUUCCUCUUCUUAACGUUCUAUUUAUCUUCAUUUUAUGAUAAGAUCAAGAAUAAUCAUAACAUCUGGGUUUUUAAAUGUUGCUGUAAAAUGAAUUAGUUGAUGUUGUUCAUAGUAAUUGAUGCUAAAAGCACACCUACAGUGGGGAAAAAAAGUAUU